GGCAACAACUUCAACACCACGUCCAGACAUCGCUGCGCCUACUCAUCAAUCCGUUUUCAUGCCUCAACCAUAUGCAGUACACUAGCAUUGUCUUGCGUUCUUGGCGGCUGGUCACCCUACGCCACAGCUGACCUUCAACAAACGACCAUCAGCAGCGAAUCGCUCCCCAAACAGUCACGUCCAUAAGCAACCUCGAACGACCCGACUUCAACCAGCAUGCAGUUAACAAGUACUCAGUUCCUGAGAGCCUUCUUCCUCCUCGUCUCAAUCCCUUCCUUGGCGGCCGGCUACGCGGCUUACUACUACUCUGAAUAUGCCACGGUUGGCGUAGUCGUCUUCACGGCGUGGAAUGCGAUUGGGAUAUACUGCUCGCGGUAUUUGAAAGUGGUCAAGGAUCCGGACCCGAGGGAAAAGUAUCGUGUGGAGAACGAGGUCGAUGAAGCCAUUGCAAAGGAUGAGGGUCUCGUAUAAACGGCUUGCUUUAUACCGCUUUCUAUGAUUUCUCGUGUCGAGAUCUCUAUGGAGGAGAGGCGACAAGUGAGGUUGUCUAUCUCGAACGUGGUGACAGCACUGCUAUGUGCCGCAUUCUAUGGACAGCAUAUGGCAAUCCUCAAGCUCAAUUCAGUCACCUCGAGUUGCCGUAAGGCCCAAUUUGAGUCGAGCAUGACUUGGAUGUGCUCUGAUCGCCAGAUCGGCCAUGCAUACCCAUGAGGUCUCAUCCCACCAUGACGUGCGACGGAUUGAAAUUAUAAUAUAUCGCUCACAGCUUGUGUUAACUGCGGUUCCGUGAAACCUAAUUUCCAACGAGCU